AUGUCUUUCUUCCUAAGCCUACCGUAUACCUUUCAUAGAGAGGUCAUGCCGCUUUUGGACCCCCAUCAAGUCGUUCACUGGGCAAUUGACGAACCGUACUUUCGAUACAUUCUGAGUCUUGUAAAAAUUCCAGCAGAGAAGUUGACUUGGAACUUCAAAGAGAGAUUUUAUAUCAGCAUCGAGUUUGACGGAUUGGAUCCUAUCAAGUUCUAUAUUCCGGAUUGGCUGCCAAGAUACAGAAAAACAAAGAAAACAGAAGCUAUUGAUACUUGGUCUCUGAAAUUUGAAAUUGUGAAACACAAACCAGUUACACGAAGAAACCCGUUUUAUGAGAAUGUUGCUAUGCCAACCAGGGAGUCAAUUCCUCCUGGAACGACAAAAAUGGAACUGAUGGAGGCUGUGACAAAUUAUCUCCGAGAAAUGUUACGUAUCAAGAAGUAUUCUGUUUCUUCAUACCACUCAAAAUCAAUUAAUUUUUUCAAUUGUUUCAUCUGGAAAGUUGCUGGAAAAUUUGCGUCGGUUGAAUUCACAUCACCGAAAUCUUUGGAACUUGGACGGGCUAGUGAGGAACUCAAAAUGCUCCAAGAAAAACAAGAAAUCGAAAAACUGGUAGUUCACUUCCGUAAUACAAAAAAUCAACGUGGAUACACUUCUCCGUUGAAAAGGAAAUUUGUAACAAUUGAAGAUUCUGAAUUCAUUCAACUGGAUUCACUUCUGUAUUCCGAAUCCUCUCAAGUCACUGUGCUCCGUUCAGAAUUCAAUGGAAUUGAUGUGAAUGCCAUCAUAAAACAAUGGAUGAAUGGAGGACUCAACAACUUGGAGAUGUUACGUUUAAAACUAAACAAGAUGACGUUUGCAGAUGAGGUGUUCAAUGAUAUUGAGGUCGUGCCAACGUAA